CGGAAGUAAAAAAGUAACGUGGAAAUAUUUUUUGACACUGAAAUAGCUGUUUUGAACCUUUUCAGAAUGUCUUCAUUCAAAAAUGCAGCUAAAAGUCGACAACAUGUGCACAGGGAACGGCCUCAGCUUGAAAGUCGCAAACAUCUUGGUCAUUUGGAGAGGAAGAAAGACUACAAGCUUAGAGCAGAAGAUUAUCAAAAGAAACAAAGGACAAUCAAGGCGCUUAAGCGAAAAGCACUGGACAAAAACCCUGAUGAAUUCUACUUCAAAAUGAUCCGCACACAGUUGAAGGAUGGUGUCCAUGAGGCAGAAGACACUACUCCUGUAUAUACUGAUGACCAACUGAAGAUGAUGCAGAGUCAAGAUCUGAAAUAUGUCAAUCACAAACGCCAGAUUGAAAUGAAGAAAAUUGAGAAGUUGAAAUCAAGUUUACACUUGUUGGAUGCUGAGGACAAACCCAAAAAUACACACAUAGUUUUUGUAGAUACUAAAAAAGAAGCAAAGAACUUUGAUCCAGCAAAAUACUUAGACACCCAUCCCGAUCUGUUAGAGCAUACAUUUAACAGGCCAAGGAUGGAAACACUGAGGGGUCAGACAAUAAAGGGAGAGCUUGAUGAGGAGACUAUAGAAAAAAUCAAGUCUGAUAGAAGAAAACAGUACACUGAGUUGACGAGGAGGAUAGAAAGAGAGAAACAACUUAGCAUUAUUGCACAGAAAAUGGAAAUGAAACGGCACCUGACAGGUAAACAGUCGAGAAAAAAGAAAGUCGCAGAUGAAACAAAAGAGAGUGCUGCCAUCUAUAAGUGGAUGCCACAGAGACAGCGGUGAUGUGACAGCUUUGUAUUAUGAUGUCAUAAAUAAUGAUGAUGUCAUGAAUACCUGUGAUGUCAUGCAUGAAUGGGAGGAUAGCUUCAGUGCAGUAGUGUGACGGUUGAUGAAUCUUGGAAACUCAUUAUUCAGAUUUAUCAAUGUAUUCAGUGAUUGUGUGCUCUGCAUUGAAAAAUAUUACUAAUACUACUACAGAUAAUAAUGAGACAUGAGGAGAAUGAAUCACAGGAUUAUAUUAUUUAAAAUGUUCCGUGUCAUAUGAUGUCAUAUGAUGACUUGGGACUGUUUCUAAAAAAAUCAUUAAUUACAAUUUGUCAAAUUAAGUUUUAUAACAUCGCCAUAGUAACAUUGUAAAAGAGAAUUGAGGGUUUGAAGAUGAUGGUGAUAAAGUAUAGUUUUUGAAAGCAUGCUCCUGGGAAAUUUUGUCACACUAAAGUCAAAACCUAGUAGAUUAUAUAAUCAAUGUUUAUAUUGCGUAAUCAUGUAAUAGAAAUUCUAUUACCCAGUUUUUAAGUAAAAUAUCUGGUACCAAAUUUUAUUUUAUGGUAAUUUGAAAACUGUAGUACUGUAUGAAAUAAAUCAAUUUAUAUCAAUUUAAAUACAAAAUAUAGUUUCAUUUGCAUUUUGUCAUGAAU